GUUUUCAUUAGGUUGUGUUACCAUUGAUUCCUUUGUUCUCCUCACAGUUUUCAAAACUCCAUUGCUUCAAAUACUUCUCAACAGCUCCCACCUUAAUUUCCUGCAAAUUGAUUAGAAAUGGCAUACAAGAUCAAAGUAUGGUGCUUCCUACUUUUCCUAUUGAAGCUGGUGUCGAAUUUGCAAAAUUGUGCUCAUGCCGCUCCACAGGUGCCUUGUUUUUUCAUAUUUGGAGACUCGUUGGCGGAUAGUGGCAACAACAACCACCUUGUAACAACUUCUAAAGCCAAUUACCGCCCAUAUGGAAUUGACUUCCCUAAUGGAACCACCGGAAGGUUUACCAAUGGCCGAACCACAGUGGAUAUAAUUGGUGAACUUUUGGGGUUUGACCAAUUUAUUUCGCCAUUUGUAACUGCUAGAGGCAGAGACAUAUUGGUUGGUGUUAACUAUGCAUCUGGGGCAGCAGGGAUUCGUGAUGAGAGUGGAAGGGAAUUGGGUGAUAGAAUCAGCCUGAAUGAGCAAUUGCAAAAUCAUGCUGCUACAUUCAAUCGCUCGAUUCAAUUACUAGGGACUGAACAGGCAGCAACAAAUUACCUUAAUAAGUGCUUAUAUUAUGUCAGCUUGGGCACUAAUGAUUACAUAAACAACUACUUCGUGCCUGGUAAUUAUGAAACAAGUCGUUUAUAUACCCAAGAUCAAUAUGCCAAGGUUUUAAUUGACCAGUAUAGUCAGCAAAUAAAGCGUUUGUACCUCUUCGGAGCCAGGAAAAUUGCCUUGCCUGGACUUAUACCAUUAGGCAGCAUUCCUUACGCAUCUUCUACUCUAUGCCUCAAGAAUCUCUCUUGUGUGGCCAAUAUAAACAACGCAGUCCUACCUUUUAACGCAGGACUCUUUUCACUUGUUCAACAACUGAAUCAAGAGUUGAAUGACGCACGCUUUAUAUAUUUGAAUAUUUCUGGAAUGUCAUCUAGCGAUCCUUCUGUGCCCGGGUCUAGGGUUGCAAACGUUGGAUGUUGUCCUGUACUUGGUAGUGCAUGUAUUCUAGAUUCAACCCCAUGCGUAAACAGGACUGAAUAUGUUUUCUGGGAUGCAAUUCAUCCCACCGAAUCUUCGAACCAAUUCACUGCUAGAAGAUCGUAUUCUGCUUUUCUUCCAUCUGAUGCUUAUCCAUACGACAUCAGCCAUUUAGCUACCAUGCAGAUCUAAGUCAAGAAAGAUAAUAUUCCAGAGAUUAUAUAAUAAACUGAUGAUAAAAUUAUGUAAAGCAGCAGUGCAAUAAUAAAUGCUGUAACGUGUACUUGUACCUCAAGAAUAAUAAGAUCGGUCAUGUAGAAAGCUCGGCAUAUUCAAAUGCUCUACCAAUACAUCCAGA